AUGCCGAUUUUAUACAAUGAUCCCUGGUGCGCCCAAUACUUUGAGCAUGCAAAGUGUCCAGAUAACGUGACCAUUCCCACAGAAGACUGGCAUGCCUGGUCUUUAUUUCCAGACCACCGCUGGAUCUACGACAAACUGACGGUCGCCUUGACUCAGGGUCUGGAAGCCGCACCACACGGCGUGUACCCAAAAUCCUACCCUAUCUUCAGCAAGCCGAUGAUGAACCUACGCAGUAUGGGUGCCGGAAGCUUCAUGAUUCCGGACAAGGCUACCUAUAUUGCCUCUCUCCAGCCAGGUCAUUUCUGGUCGACAUUUUUGACGGGGAAGCAUGUCAGCACGGACGCGGCUAUCCUGGAUGGCGAGAUGGUGUGGUGUCGUCACACAACGGGCGUGUCGAUGGGCGAUGGCAUGUUCGAUUAUUGGCACAUCCACGUCGAGGCCAUGCCGGAGAUCGAGGAUUGGUGCGGAGCCUGGACGCGCAAGUAUCUCGCCGGAUAUACGGGCAUGGUCAAUUUCGAGACCAUCGGCGGGAAGAUUAUCGAGGCCCAUCUCCGAUUCGCCGAUCAAUGGCCUGACCUAUACGGUGAAGGAUGGGUCGACGCCAUGGUUCGGCUUUAUUCCGAGAAAUGUUGGGACUUUGACGAUAGUGAGCGUCAAGAACAUUAUAGCGUGGUCCUCUGGGCACCCCAUGGCCGCUCAUACCGACAUCCGCCUGCUGCGAGUAUAGCGAAGGCCAAGGCCGAACCUGGAAUCGUGAGUGUCCAGGUCACGUUCUAUGAGGACCUUGACCCUGUACAGCACUCAAAUCCACCGGGAGGUUUCCGCCUCGCCAUUGUCAAUGCCACCAACCUGGCGGCCGGGCGCCGGGCGAUCGAGAUCUUACACAACACCAUCCUCAAUCAGGACAGCCAGGUCGAGAGAAAGGCGGUGCUGCAGUUGAGCUCAUUAUAG